AAGUUCUGUCGUCGUUACGAGAUACUAAUUUUUCUUUUACACCACGGUGAAACUGUUUGGAAUUUUUUUCCGAGCUUAACCAGAAAGGAAGCAAGACAGUAAAUGCAUCGCCUAAUCUGAAUCUUCACCAAAGAUAUCAGAUUCAAAGUUUGUACUAGCAUUGAGAAAAUGCAGCGACGCCUGCAAAGUUACCAGAGCAUARCCUUCUCGCCCCCUUAGCAAUUGCUCGUCACGAGCAAACUCUUCUAAAAAUGCAAUUUGACAAUUGAUUCCAAUGACUUUCGCUAGCAAUAUAUGUUGGCACACCAUCUUUAGCAACGAAUCAGCCCCCAUUGACGAUGUCGCCGCAGACUUCGAAUAUUUUUCAGAGAUUUGUUCGAGAAAGACAACACAAUAUCGAAGUUUGUCUACUGCAGAAUGUGUCUGUGGCAAACAACACAGAGCUUCGAGCGCAGCUUCCGAUAUGUAAGAAGCAGAACCGAAAUAGCAAUUACCCGGGGUUUCAAUGGAGCACAAUCCUUGAUUCUGYCGUCGUUCAAAGUCGGCAAUUUUUUCUAGAAGWAGGUUGUCUUGGUUUUGGUAUUCUCUUUCGAUCUCUUCAAUCACUAAAUCGUAAAUUUCUCCAAAUAYAAGACUUUCAACCGCAGUUGCCGUUUUUUCUGUUAACGAAGAUGUAUGGCCGAAGCCAGGGCGGGUUAGCAAGAGGCUUGUUGUUACAUACUUUAUAACAGCAUGCGCAUCUCGACGUCUUUGGUGCAUAAGUKAAAGGUGAUUUUCUUCAUUUUGAUCUUCAUUUCCGAUGGUUUCAGAGAGUUUAUUUUUCUCAGUUUCAAUUGUUUCGACGUCAUUUCGUCUUUGGUCUUGCUUUGUACGAUACAAAUCUUGUAGAUUUACUUCACGGCAUCUAUUUCGAAAGGCUUCAAUCAGCUUUCGAUAUAUGUGACCUGGAAGGCUAUCUUUGUUACUCAAAAUACGACUCACCAACAGCAGAACCUUGUCGCUAAUCGCUAAUUCAUCUUCCCCAGUUUCAACAAUAUCAACCUCGCGUUCGUAACGUUCUCGUUUAGCUGCCUGACUUUCAGUUGGGAGCAGUCGAUUCACAAGCCCAGAAUUGCUGUCCGAAUAGCUUCGUCCCGCCUCCCGGUAGAUUUCAUCCCAAACUGGUUCUGGAGGUUGAAUGGUUGGACGGACCAUCAACAAUGCACGUUGCUUGGUGCCCUCUCCAAUAGCGAGGACGUGGGUUUCGUGGCGUUCUUGGAUACGUUGACCCGCAGCCAUUCCCACCGUUAUUCCCGACGCCCAAACCGAUGCCGUAACAGAACCUUCUAAAAGUAGCCCUAGCAUCCCUGCCGUUUGCCCACAUUUCACACCAAUCAUACCUCCAACUGGUCCGGCAAGUCCAACACCUACUACUCCGCCAACAAUGGACCCUGCCACGGUGGCAAGACCAAGUCGUUUUCGAUCCAUGGUUGAGUUCUGCUCGGGCUCGGAGGUUUCUAAAAGACUGUGGGCCUCGGAAUCAUUAUUGUCAUCCAUAGUUGUUUUGUCUGGAAUUUUUUCAUCGUUUUUUGACGUAGGAUCAGCGGGUGACUGAGAGUCGUUUAUGUUUGAAUCUAGCUCGCCGCCGUUAUCAGUGAUUUCAUGGGYAUCUUUGCCUUGGGUAGAAUCCUCUUUCAAAAUCAGCCGGCUGAAAUUUGCAAUGAUAUUUUCUUGUAGUACUUGAGAAACAGCUUGGAAACCAUGGCUAGCAAAAUAAAGCGGAGCUGCUGUUUCAUGAGCAAUGUCCUUCGUGCUUGUGCUCGCAUCAUCGUCCCGGUGGUCAGCCUCGCGUUGGGUGUCCUCGUCGUCGCUCUCAUGUUUUACUUCUAACGCUGAAUUACAUUGCGUUUGGUCUUCCUCGUCGACGGGCGAUGAAACUUUGAUCACUCCAUCCCAAGUGUUGCAUUUUUGCAUUGUGAUCGAAAGGUUUUCUUUGUUUGUAUAAGUGUGGCGAGAAGGCAGAAGACUCGCCGAUGAUAAGAAUGGAAAAUUUGCUCGAGUCUGCUGAACAUCCUUUGGCGUCUUAAAAAUAUUAUCCACCGAUGCCGCUUUCCUUACGACGGAAAAGUCUUGGCGAGCGAGCAUUUCGUCUGUUCGUGUGGAUGGACGCCGAAAGAUUGAUUCUUGAGCGUUCUUCUUUGGUACAAAGUGACUCCCGGUGUUGGAUGAAUCUUCCAAAAUUUCUUCUAAGAUGAUCUGUUGGGAACGCGUCGCACCUAUUAGGGUCUCUGCGUCGUCAACUUCUUCCGAAGAGACAUCGCUCCCAAUUUGGCCACCAUCACCGUUAACGCCGAUACAAUCGUCUUGUUUCGCCGAAGAACAUUUUGUUUCCCAUUUAAUAGUUUUUGAAAAGGCACACUUUCGAUGCGCGUAAACGCCACAUGCCAUGCAUUUCACGGCAGCAGCCCCCGAGGAGGUCCCACCAAGAACGUAGGGUUGCAAUUUCUCCCCACACCCCGCGCAUGCGUAAACUGGCAGCAAAAGAAAUGGGACGCUACAAAAGGAAUGUAGAUGAUGGGAAAUAGAGCAAAGGCCACUGC